GAGACGAGCCGGAGGGGCGGGAUAGGAGGAUCGGCGCCGCUUCUUCAUGCACCUGGCCGGGGAUCCCCCAGCGGGGAGAAAUAGGUGGCGGCAAAGGCGACGAGGGAGCAGAGCUGGCGGUGAUCGGCUACGACUAGGAGCGAAAAAGAUGCCCGCGGUUGCACAUGCCGUUCGGGUUGGCUCAAACGGUCCUCGGGCCGUCGCCCUGUGGGGGCCUGUGGCGAGGGAGCCUGCCUGUCGUCCUUAGCGGCGCCCAGUUCGAGAGGGUUCGCGCCCACAGGACUGCAUGCCUGCUCGGUGCCCCGCGCUCCGCCAUGGGGAGUCCCUUCUGGCACCUCGUGUUGCUGGGCUGCUCUGCAGGACUGAAUAGUAUCCUUGGAACUGGGUCUCGCUGUGAGAAGGCAUGCAAUCCUCAAAUGGGAAACCUGGGUCAUGGACGUAAAUUGUGGACAGAUACAACAUGUGGAUACAACUCCACAGAAUUAUACUGUUCUUACAGUGAAAAUGCAGACCUCCUAUGCAAGCGGCCUAAGUGUAGCAAAUGCAACUCUAUGAAUAUGCAUCUGGCUCAUCCACCUUCUGCUAUGGUUGAUUCAUCUUUUAGAUUACCACACACAUGGUGGCAAUCCGCACAAGGAAUACAAAGGGAGAAGAUCCAGCUCAAUUUGGAAGCUGAAUUUUAUUUCACUCAUUUGAUCAUGAUAUUCAAGUCACCGAGACCAGCAGCCAUGGUCCUAGAGCGAUCUCAGGAUUUUGGAAAAACUUGGAAACCUUAUAAGUAUUUUUCCAUCAACUGCUCAGCAGCCUUUGGGUUGGAUGAUGAUGUAACUAAGAAAGAGGCACUUUGCACUUCAAGAUACUCCAGCCAUUUCCCCUGCACUGGAGGAGAGGUUAUAUAUCGAGCUCUGUCACCUCCAAACUCUGCUGAUGACCCUUACAGUCUUAAAAUUCAGGCACAGUUGAAAAUCACGAACCUUCGAGUACAACUGCUUAAGCGACAAUCCUGCCCAUGUCAUAGCAAUGAUCUGAAUGCAAACCCACCACAGCUAACUUACUACGCAAUCUAUGAUUUUAUUGUGAAGGGGAGCUGUUUUUGCAAUGGACAUGCAGAUCGCUGUGCACCUCUUAAAGGUUUUAGGCCUGUCAAAGCAGCAGGAGUCUUCCACGUGGUCCAUGGGAGAUGUAUUUGCAAACAUAAUACUGCAGGAACUCAUUGUCAGCAUUGUGCCCCUCUUUACAAUGACCAACCAUGGCUUGCUGCAAAUGGCCGAACAGGUGCUCCAAAUGGAUGCAAAUCUUGUAAAUGCAAUGGGCAUUCUGACACUUGUCACUUUGAUAUGGACACAUGGCUGGCAUCAGGGAACCAAAGUGGGGGCAUUUGUGACAACUGUCAACAUAAUACUGAAGGACAGCACUGUGAACGUUGCAAGCCAGGCUAUUAUCGAGAUCUUAGAAAGCCUUUUUCUGCUCCUGACAUCUGCAAAUUGUGCUCUUGCAACCCCAUUGGAUCAGCCAUGCUUCCUUUUAGCAACAGCACUUUCUGUGACCCUAGCAAUGGUGAUUGUCCCUGCAAACCUGGAGUGGCUGGUCCUCAGUGUGAUCGGUGUAUGGUAGGAUACUGGGGAUUUGGACAUUAUGGCUGUCGACCAUGUGAUUGUGCAGGAAGUUGUGAUUCAAUCAAUGGAGACUGCAUUAACAGCAAUGCAGACAUAGAAUGGUACCAUGAAAUCCCUGGUCUCUAUGCUGUACGUAACAAGAGUGAAGUAGCUUGGGAGUGGGAGGAAGAACAAGGAUACUCUGCUCUUCGACAUUCAGGCAAGUGUGAAUGUAAAGACCAAGUUCUGCAAAAUUUUAAGAUCUUUUGUGCCAUGAAAUAUACAUAUGUGGUAAAGGCAAAGAUUUUGUCUGCUCAUGAUAAAGGGUCUCAUGCUGAAGUCAAUGUGAUGAUCCAGAAAGUACUGAAAUCUACAAAACUGAAGAUUUUCCAAGGAAAACGGAUUCUUUACCCAGAAUCAUGGACUAACCGAGGUUGUACCUGCCCAAUACUUAAUCCUGGAUUGAAAUAUCUUGUGGCUGGAUAUGAAGAUGUUCAUACAAGCAGACUGAUAGUCAAUAUGAAAAGCUUUGUUCAUCAGUGGAAAUCAGCUCUGAGAAAAAAGAUCUUACAGGAGGUAUGGAACUUGUCCACUGUGCCAUGGUAUUUGCAUUUAAAGAAUUAAUAAAAAUUCCUAAC